AUGGGUGUAGUCCCCAAAGACACACCAUUCCUGUCUAAGCAGAGCUGCAAAUCAGUGUGCCCUUUAGCUAUUGCUAAUUGUAAGGAAGACAGGUAUGUUGUAUUUAAAUUUGAUUCAUUAGUCAAAUAGUUAUUUGCUUCCAAAAUAACUAGUUUUGUUAGUGAAAAUUUUUAUUGUACCUUUUUGACUGUGUAAUUUUUGGUUGUCGACCAGUUAUAAGUGCAAGCUGAAAUAAUUUGUAGAUUUACAACAAAUUUAUUAUAUGAGGCCUUUAGAAAGGCCCCAGUAAACGAUCAUUUUUGAAAAUUUUACCGCAAAGGUUUUAAUUUAUUAGUGGGCCACUCAAACCCGACCUUAUGUUUUCAAGUCUUAAGAACUAUCUGCUGCAGACUAGACUAGCAGUAUGCGUAUUUCAUUUUCCUUCUUUUUUUUCAUUUUAGUAAUAACUUCAGUUUACUGGUAACUUUACUUUUUAUUAUUAUUAGGGAAAAAACCUAAAAAAGCUGAUUGUUAAUGUCAACAAACAAAAGGAUGCACUAAAGAAGAAUGGAAUCACAGUGGAUGGAGUGCAUUAUGCUGUGAGAUUUAAAGGUAAGUUUCACAUAAUAAUUAAUAACGUAUUUUUUAGUACCAUAAUUUUCAAUCCAAAUGCCUGCAUGUACAUUGAUGUCUUUUUAAAAAUAUAUAUCUACAGCUGUACAGUUGUACUUGACCUGAAGGCCCUCUAUCUUUUGCUGGAACAAACAGGGAAAGCGAUCUUUCAGCUUGGGAAACGAGGAACUGAAGUAGAGUGUUGCUUUAUCUGCAAAGCAUUGAGGGUAUGUGGAUAUAUUCAAAAUCUCUGAGUCAAAAAAUUCUACUAUGCAGGUUUUGACCUUACCAAUGACCAACUUACCAAUAUAGUACUAUUAGAUUUUCAGUUUCGCUGGGUAAAAUUUCUUAGUAAAAACUAGCGAUGAAUAGUGGCUAUUUUUAUUGUUGCUUUAUUAGGAAUGUAAAAUGUUUUGCGAUCUUGGUCCGCAUACAGUUUGUUUGGAACACUUUCGCAUGUCCAAGGCCAAUAUUGGAGGGUAAUUUAGUUAUAGUUUUGGUUUACUAAGAAUUCUCUGAUGAUACUUGUUGAGGCAUGCAGCCCUUGAUUAUUCAUGAAUUUCAGCAUUUGUAGUUGUCGUUUUGAAGUCAUAGUAACUUCUAAUUAUAAAAGGCAUUCAAAACAAGGUUAUCUCAAUACGGUUAACCUCUAUUCAAAAAAUUAAAUUCCCUGGUAUAGUGAGUGAAUCUCUUCAUCCCAGCGUUUAUAGCUUAAUUUAUAAAGUAUGUUUUCUACAAAAGACUAACUUUUUAUAUAGACCUCAUUUUAGCAAUAAUAUUUUGUAAAUUAAGCCUAGGCUUGCCUUUUGUAAAAGGGGAAGUUCCACUGCAUGGAAAAGAAAACAAAAAGCUUUUUGUGGACAAACAUGGUGUUUAAUUCCCAUGUCUAUAAAAUGUUGGCAAUUAUCCGUGUCUUGUUUUCCUAGAGAACACAUAUUAUUUUCCCAUAAUAAUAUAUCACAGUCUUCCUUUACUGUAGGUGUGUCAAUGUUGUAGGGGCACUGUCAUAAAAGACUGAAAACCUGUCGAGUAAAAUACUUGAGUUCGAAAUAUAUAAAUCUGUUAAGAGCCACUUCAGGGGAGAUAUCCCCCACAACUAACAGAAUAAUGAAUCUUCUUUUUUCUAGUUUCAAAGGCAUCCGUGAUGACUUAGAGUUCCUUCUUGAAGAGGAUUUAUUGUCUAUUAAUCUCUGCGCCCUUCAGUGCGAACUUAGAAAUACUGAACAGCUGUUGUCAUCAUUGGGUUUGUUUUCGUACGAAGUGGGUUCACGUGAUGAAUGUAAUGCCUAA